AUGCCCUCUCAUCUAAAAAGAAUCCGCGAGGAUACCGGGGAGGAAUGGAUGGACAACGAGGUCCAUCGAUACUACAACAUGCCCAUGGUAGUCGUGCGAGCCAAGCCUCAUGUCCUGAUGCACUGUAACGUGUGCCGUGACACUACUUCACUUCUAAAGACAUCGGUCAGUAUUGACAAGUGGAUUAGUACGGAAUAUUUCAUCUGGGAGAUGUCCGCGGGGCUAGCUGACAGCGGCGUAAACCCACAGUGGACGGAGUUCUUCGAAGAUGAAUGCAAGGAAAAGUGGGUGCAGAUCCAGGGCGAGUUCAAGAGCAUAGCCGAUCUCCCUGAGAGAUUCCUUCACGAGGUUCCGGCCCCGCCCUUCCAGAUUGCAGAGGUGAGAAUCACGGCUAACAAAUCCCCGUAUUCUUGGCGGCUCCGUGCGAAUUCAGGCCGACACUUGAUUUAUACAAGCUUCUGGCAUCUUUGGAAGUGGGUUCUCAAAGCAGACCCACCCACUGUUGGUCCCUUUGACAUUGUUCUCAGAGUCCCCUCGCAUACUCCUGCUGGGGAGGACCCUUUUGAUCCUUGGAAUAUGUCCCUCCCAAACAAUCCCCUUGGUGUUAUUAGCCGUGAGGAUGUUUCCCAUCUUCGCUGGGACGGCGUAUGCAGUGAUUCUGCCCCCUUGGAUUUCACGUGCCUCUCUGGAGGAGUAUGGCGCGAUCGUUUUCCCUCCAUCUAG